CCGCGGUGGGCUUUUGUUGGUUAGGGGCAGCCCUGCGCCCUCCAGGUGGGCGCGAGCUCUGGGGCGCCUCUGAAGCCGCAGGCGCCCUCUGCCUCUUGGAGCUGCGCUCGCUCGGGGCCGCCGUCCUCCUAACCCUGUUUUUCUAGUAAUUUCCUCAGCCCUGAGCCAUCUUCUGACACCUGGUCCGGGCGUUUUGGUAGGGAGUGAUUUUAAAACUUGGAGAUUCAUUUCGUGUUCCCACGUUCACACUGCGCUCAUUCUCUGGGCAACUCCACAGGUGGCAGUCUAGGUGAAGAAAGUGCCAGUUUAUCUUACGUCUGUUUGUUCUCCUUUAAAUUUAUUUUUAUCUAUCAGAGCAUCAUUUAUAAACCAGCUCCACUGAUUCUUCUUUGGACCGAUAAAGCCCAAUUUAUUUUAAUGUCUUGCUUGUCCGUUUAUGUCCUAUCUCUUCUGGACCUUAAAGUUUCUAUUCCAUACAUUUCUGUAGGCUUCGCAGCCCCUUCCAGUGCUGGUACACGUGCUGGGUGUUUAAUGUCUAUUGAAUUGUUGUGUUUACUGUUAUGGGGAUUGUAGCCGGUUAAGUUUAAGCACGGUUUUGUUUUUCAGUUUUGCACUCAGGAGCCCCAGGCUCUUCACCUGAAUCUUAAAUUACUUUCAACCACGUGGUGUCACAUCAGGGACUCCCAGUCUCUUCGGUGGGACUGUAGAGGGCCAUUUCCUGCAUGGUGCAUUGUGUAACGAUUGCUUUCAUAUUCUGGCCAGUGGUUUUCUUUAAUCACUCUUGGUUUCAUGAUAUGGAAUAUAUUUAGUAAGUUCCUGUAAAUGUAUCACCGUGUUUUUUUCAAAGAUCCAUUGUUUAUUGUGUCAAGUGAGAAAGAACACACACAAGCAAAUAUCCAAGCCACUGUGCUUCGAAGCAGACUGAGAAAAAUUCCCAGGUUUAGAACCAUGUUCAGUAACCUGAACCAUUAUCCAAGAUAUUCUCUGUAUUGGAGCAAAUCAGAUCCUGUCCCACCAUUCAUCAGUCGGGAGUGGAAGGGACAUGAGGAGAAACGCAGAGAAGCGCUCCGGCAGCUUGCCGCAAUGGAUACUUCUUUCCAGAUGCCUAAAGAAGCUUGUGAGGAUCCUGAUGUUACUGGAAAGAAUCGUUAUAAAUACUUUGACAGGCCUUUCCUUCCAUUUCUUCAACAUAUGUCAUCAAAUGUUGUUUUUGCAACAGCCACGACAGAGCCAUAUGUUUUUCCUUCUGCUUCUUCUAAGUACUUACCCACCCCUUCAAAGUAUUCCGUGAGCACUCAGACUGACUAUCGGGAUGCUGAUGUUCAAACCGAUCCAUACUCUCCAGAAUAUGUAGUGUAUCAGGACACAAUCCCUGAACUCUUGACCCUGGCUACUCUUUGUUGGGGUCGAGGUCUGCCAGCCGGCCAAGCUGAGGUGGAGAUGAUAGAACGAGCCCGCGAGAAGCGAGCGUGGGAGGCCACUCUCCCGCCUCUGAGUGACACCUCCCAGUUUGAGAAGAGAAGGAAGAUGAUGAACGCAAUGGAGAGGAAGGAGUGGGCCUUCCGAGAGCAGGAGAUUGAAAAAUUGCAGGAGAUUCGUCUGGAAGUCCUGAAAGAGCUGCUGAGGAAGCGUGAGGAGAAUCAAAAUGAACUGAACAUGAAGCACUUGAAUGCCAAGUGGUCUAAGCUGCAGGAAGAAAAAGAGGCCAAAGUGGCACAAAUCCAGUGCAGACAUUUAUCGACAAUCAGGAAGCUUGUAGAAAAGAGAAAGAACGUAGAAGGGAAGUUGGAGAGAAGAAAUAUCAUCAAGGAUUAUUCUGAUUAUGCAUCACAGGUCUAUGGACCGCUAGCUCGCCUUGGUCGUUUCCCGGACAACAACUCAGAGGACUUUGUAGUCAAAAACCACUAUCUCAACACCUAUGAAGGAUUAGUUGAACUUGAGUCAUCUCUCCCAGAUUUUGUGACACAACCAAGAAUCAGAACUCCAAAGCCAAAAGUCAUCACCACCAAGGCUGGUAUUCUGAAGAGAGCAGCAAGGUUUGACAAUGAGUUGGCAGAAGUCCAUAAGGCACUGUUGGAUAAGAAGAACAAAGUCCUUGAAGAAAUGAAACCUCUGCGCUUCCUUCAUAGAAAAUCAAUACCUCAAGCUCGGCUUCCCACACCAACCUUGGAAAUGAGUUCCAAUGAAGAAGAAGAAAUGGAAAUGGCUGUGAUCUACCUUCAGAAGUUAAUCCGGGGUCGAGUCGUGCAGAACAUGAUGUUUGAAGGGAAAGAGAAGCGACUGGAGCUGAUCCAGGAGUUGCGCACCAGCCAUGCGCUGCAAGAAGAUCAUAAGCUGGUGAAAAAAGCCGAGAAGCAAGUGACCCUGGCUUUACAGCGACAGAGGAACUUGCACGAGAACAAGGUGUCACUGAUUGAAAACCAUUUGGCUGGCCUGGAGGGAAAGGCCCUGGCAGACAUGUUCGACUUCCUGUCCAAAGAGCUGGUGAGACUGCAGGAAGAGAGGAGGAUCCACGCCUUCGCCAUGCUCGCCGAGCGCCAGCGACGGAUGCGGGAGGCAGAGGAGAGCGGCCGGCGCCAGGCGGAGCAGAGGCGCCUGCGCGAGGAGGACAAGAUCUUCAAGGAGGUCAUUAAAGUUCAUCAAAGCACUGUAUCCUCCUACUUGGAAGAGAUAAUCCUAAAUACUGAAGAGAAUACCGCAGAAGAACACGCCAGGGCAGAAAUUGAAAAGAUGGCUGAGGAAAUCAAUGACAUUGCUUAUGAAAUGGAAAAUCGGUAUGUAGCAAGAAACUUGUCUGUGGACUGGACAGCCCAUUUGCUGUUAGAUGCAUUUUGUGGGGAGUGCUUAAGACUUCACCACCAAUCAAUCUCCAUUGCUUUCUUAGCGUAACUCUUUAGAAUCUAACAUGGUUAUACAUCUA